GGAGGAGAAGCAGCAGCGGCAGCAGCAGCCCCUUUGCAGGGAAACAAUUUGGACUUGGACUUUUAGCAGCAGGAUUCAGAAGCAUACUCAUCUCUCUUAAUGUGCAGCUGUUAUAAAGUGCCCAGGACAAAACUGCAUCACAUUCCCUAUCCUAUAUGUAAUACUCUCCGAUGCUUCCGGAUUUGAAGCUUCUGAGUAUCAACCAGCUGACAUUUGUCUGACAACAAUGAAGUUUCUGCUGGUUUUUGAUUUUGACCAUACGAUUAUAGAUGAAAACAGUGAUACCUGGAUUGUGAAAUGCGCACCUGAUGCUAAACUUCCUGAUGAAAUAAGAAACUCCUAUCAGAAAGGACGUUGGACAGAAUAUAUGGGCAGAGUUUUCAGAUUCCUGGGAGACAGCGGAAUAAGGGAAGAAGAGAUGAAAAGGACGAUGACAAUGAUACCUUUCACAAAAGGAAUGAAGAACCUCUUAGAGUUUGUUGGCAAACACAAAGACGUAUUUGAUUGUAUAAUUAUAUCGGAUUCCAAUGCAAUAUUUAUUGAUUGGAUUUUAAAAGCUUCUAAUUUCUGUCAAGUAUUUAAUGAAGUGUUUACAAAUCCUGCAAGUUUUGAUGGAUGCGGCUAUCUUACUGUGGAGAAUUUCCAUGCUCACAAUUGUGCACAGUGCCCUGUAAACCUCUGCAAGAGGAAAGUCUUAGAAGAAUUCUUAGAAAGCCCUUCAAAACAGAGGAUGAAGUACUCCCAGAUUUUAUACAUAGGCGAUGGUGGAAAUGAUCUGUGUCCGGUAAUGUGCUUAAAAAAGGAUGAUGUUGUUAUGCCAAGGCAUGGAUAUAGGUUACAGAAAAUGGUUUCUCAGUUGUCUCAGGAUCUUGUCCCUUUGGAAGCAUCAAUUGUCACCUGGUCAUCUGGUAUUGAGAUACUGGCCUAUUUAGAAUUACUUAUAAAAUAAUAAAGAAAAUGAUCUAAUUAAUACCAAUGAAUAAUAAUAAAUUGGUACUGGUAUCUCAGUCUUCUCAUGCUACAGCCAUUUGUCAUGAAUCUUAGAGAAGGACAGUUUAUUACGCCAUUUUGAUUCGUUGUCUUCCAUUGUGCAGUUGUGUUGGGGAAAGUUGCAUGGGAAAGCAAAAUGCCUGAGCAAAAAAGGAGGCAUAAUCAAAUGAAGCAGAUGCCAGAGUCAUUGCUGAAUGUAGUUGCCAUAUGUCACCUUAGAGAAAUGUAUUUUUGUGUUUACUUCAUUUAUACUCCUCUCUUCUCCCCAAUUGGGACCCAAAGU